GGCUUUGCGCUUCGUGUCGUAAGCACGCUUGCUGUUUUCCGGUCCUCCGAUGAGCAUGUGCUGCUGACGCGUGUUACAAGAUAGUUUCCGUUACGAAGAAUUUCAUCCCUCACACAAAAACGAAAAACAAAACAACAAUUGAUUACAGAAGAAUAAGUUCGAACUUUGCUCGUGUUUUGGUGCUUUUGUUGCUUUUUUAAAACAUUUGUUGUAAUUUUAUUUAUUUUUUUUCGGGCGUUACUUUUGUCCAGAGGAGUAAAGACAUUUUUAAAAAGUGGAUAUGUACGCGUACGCAGGGGGCGGCCCCCCACAUUAUGCGCCGCCACCGACUUACCUGCAGCCGCCUCCGCCCCCACAUCAUCCCCAGGUACCACCAAUGCCCAUGCCCCAGGACGCGCCAAUGCCCGUUGCACACUAUUCGAAACGAAGAAGGUCAGAUGAGGACGACCCAAGUGGAAGCAAAUACACAAGAAUGGAAGACGACAACAUUCAGGAUAAGGAGCGUUUUGCAAGUAGGGAGAAUCAUUGCGAGAUUGAACGGCGGAGGAGGAACAAGAUGACAGCGUACAUCACUGAGCUGUCCGACAUGGUACCGACUUGCAGUGCUCUGGCCCGAAAACCGGACAAACUAACGAUCCUGAGGAUGGCCGUAGCCCACAUGAAGGCCCUUCGAGGUACUGGUAAUACGAGCACGGAUGGAUCAUACAAACCAUCCUUUUUGACGGAUCAGGAACUCAAGCAUCUGAUCUUGGAGGCGGCCGAUGGAUUCCUGUUUGUAGUCAGCUGUGAUACCGGCCGUGUGAUCUACGUCUCGGAUUCUGUAGCGCCUGUAUUGAAUUAUUCGCAGAGCGAUUGGUACGGCUCGUGUAUCUACGAUAACAUCCAUCCAGAAGAUCAAGAGAAAGUUCGAGAGCAGUUAUCAACACAGGAACCUCAAAAUACCGGCAGGAUACUUGAUCUCAAAACUGGUACUGUGAAGAAGGAAGGACACCAGUCUUCAAUGCGAAUGUGCAUGGGUUCGAGGAGAGGAUUUAUAUGCCGCAUGAAGGUGGGGAACAUCGCCGCCGAGAACAUGGCUGUAGGUCAUUUGAAUCGAUUAAAACAACGAAAUAGUUUAGGACCUGGUAGGGAUGGUCAGAAUUAUGCCGUCGUUCAUUGCACCGGUUAUAUUAAGAACUGGCCUCCGACUGAUAUGUUCACAGGCGUCCAGCUGGACAGGCAGUCAGAGGACGAUCUGCAUUCUUCACACUGUUGCUUGGUGGCCAUCGGUCGUCUGCAGGUCACUUCGACACCCAACACCAAUGAACUUUCAGGUUCAAAUAGCACCGCGGAAUUCAUAUCUCGCCAUUCGAUGGAUGGUAAAUUCAGUUUUGUGGACCAACGUGUUAUAGGGCUGUUAGGAUAUUCUCCGCCAGAAUUAUUAGGAAAAAGUUGCUUCGAGUUCUUCCAUCCCGAAGAUCAGAGCCACAUGAAAGAUAGCUUUGAACAAGUGUUGAAAUUGAAGGGUCAAGUGCUAUCAGUCAUGUACAGAUUCCGAGCCAAAAAUAGGGAAUACGUAUGGCUGCGUACCUCCGCGUACGCUUUCCUGAAUCCUUACACUGAUGAUGUUGAAUACAUCGUAUGUACAAAUUCGACGGCGAAAUCGUUGCAUUCCGGCACUGAAGCGCCAGCAGAGCCUGCAGAGCAAGUCCCAUACCAGCAACCAGGUUUAGAUUAUAGUUUGCAGAGGCGAGACACGGGAAUUUACUCUCAUAUGAUUCCAUCAACGCACAUACAGACGCCUCAGCAAGUUCCGAGACCGAGCAGUGGUCAGAAUGUGUAUAGUAAUUAUGAAACGACGGCUUCCCCGAUUGCUUACGGAUCACCGUCACAAACUAGUGCUAGUAGUAGCAGUGCUGGUGUUUUAGGACGUUUAGCUAAAGGUACUACUACCAGUCCUACUCCUGCUGCGGCCGCUUGGAGUCUUCGCCAACCUCAAUCCGCACCGGAGGGCUAUCAGUACAAUCAGUCUAGCCCCAGGUCACCGGGACCUACUUAUACUCAGCUCAGCGGCGGAGCGCGGGCAACCACCGCACCUAGUGCUUAUCAAUGGACCUGGCAGGGAUCCAGUCAAGGAUCCGACUCAGGUGGUCCAGGAUCCAGUGGUUCGGGCCCACCCCCACAGUCUCAACCGCACGAGCUCUCCGAUAUGCUCCAGAUGUUGGACCAGAGCGGCACCGCAUCCUUUGAAGACCUGAACAUGUUCAACACGACAUUCGAGUAGCUUUAUGUAUUUUCUUUGAAACAGCUAAUUUCUUUAAUUAAUUUUUAUUUUUAUUUUCAAAUUGUUUUUGUGUCUUUCAUUAAAUCAAUUAUUAAUAAUUAAUUAUAAAAAUACAACUUGGGUUUCUGACCAACAUUCAGUCACUUCCGCAGAAUCAUUAUAAUUAUUGAUUGAAUCUUUAUUGGCAUAUUAUUUACAUCUACAAAAUAUACAAUCAUAAAUAAUAAACAAAAGAAUACCGAUAACACAACUUGAGGAAAGUAAAUCCUUGUAUCCUUGACAUAAAAAAAAUGUAAACCUAUUUUAAUGCAAUGUGGAAUUAUUUUUAUGUAAUUGACUAUUGUUACUUGGCACUUAACCUAUUAAGAAUUGAAAAUACUCUACACCGAAUACCGAAGAUUUUAGCAUUGAUUGAUUAGUUUUCUAGAAAAUCAAAUUAAUUUUAUUCAUUUUGAGCGCUCCAUAUGGAAAACAACAAAAUCCGUGAGUUUUCAACUGGAGCGCUACUGUACAUCAUCUAAAUUUUUGGUUGCGACUACAAAAAUAUUGCUAA